AUGCCUAGAGGGUUAUCAGUUAAAAGAGGAGCAGUGACACGAGCCUUGCUUUACAACUUUGCCAUCGAUGGCAUCAUGCGAAAGAUAUCCGCUCAGUAUUCUGGUGGCAUCGUCUUGGCACCAUCAGACCGCCUCUUGACCCAUCUCGAGUAUGCCAACAAUGUUGUUGUAUUUGCAGAAGGCAGUACGAAACGUCUACAUGUUGUACACCUUGAAUCAAAGCUAGCUGCACCUAUGGAUUACAUCUGCACCGUGAUUAAUCUUUUGUUGGAAAUCGAGGAAGUUGGGUACAGCUAUGCUCAAGGGCGACACACGUCGGCGAGGAUACGGAAAGUCGCAUCAAUCGAUGAUAUCAGUCUGUCGAUCAAACCAAGUUACUUGAAUUUGGUCAGUUUCUGUGAGACGCGUUGGGACGUCUGA